AUGGCGACAGCCGCUCCGCUGCCGCCGGGCCGCUCGCUCCUCCCACGCCGCUCGCAGCGCCGGUUGGGGCCGCCGGCUCCGGCCGCCUUCCGAGCGGCGUUUCGCAGGACUCGAGCGCUCUUUGGCUCCGGGUUUCGCGCCGAUGCUCAGGAGAGCCGAACGCGGCCCCGACAGCCCAGCCUCCUGGCCGGCUCUGCAGCCCGUGCUUCCAUCGGCUGCUCUCAUCUUUCCCACCCGGCCCCUCGCCUCGCAGUGCGGCGCUGUGCGGCGCAUGCGCAGAGAGCGGCGCGGCCCGGCCGUGAGGGAAGCCGGGCUGCCAUGAGCGCGGCGGAGCCGCAGGGCGCCGGGCUGCGCUUCGCCGAGCGGGAGCUGAGGCGGCACGGAUGGACGCGGGGCCGCGGGCUGGGGAAGCGGGAGGACGGCAUCGCGCGGCCCAUCCGCCCGAGCGUCAAGUGCGGCACCGCGGGGGUGGGGCACGACGCUGCCGAGCAGUUCUCCUUCCACUGGUGGGAUCACGUCUUCAACGAGGCGGCGGCCAACAUCGCCGUGCGGGACGGGCAGGACGGGGUCUGCGUGGAGGCACGUUCAGAGCAGCGCUUUGGGCUCAGCACUAAGAAGCCCCACAAGGUCCCCCCCCCGGGCAGCACGCUGUAUGGCCACUUCGUUAAGGCAGCCACGCUCACGGCCCAUGGGGAGGAGCCCACCAAGCAGCCGGGGGGCUCCGAGAGCAGCGAGGAGGAAGAGGAGGACAAACUGGACCGCUCUUCGGCCCGGAGGCUGACGGAUGAGGAGCUGGUGCGAGUGUGCGGGGGCCGCACGGCACACAGAGCUGCGCGGCACGGGCUGACCAUGAGCGCCAAGCUGGCGCGGCUGGAGCAGCAGGAGCGCGCCUUCCUGGCUGCCAGGCAACGCGGCGGGGGGGGGCAGCCCACAGAGCCCCAGAGCAGCCCCCCGGCAGAGCUGAGGGACAGCAGGAAGAAGAAGAAGAAGAAGAGAAGGGAACCGUCGGCAGAUGGAACUGAUGUGGAGGAGCUGCGGAGCCAGGAGGUGAAUGGAGGAGAGGAGGAGAGAGAGGAGAGGAGAAAGAAGAAGAAGAAGAGGAGGAAGGAGAAGGGGGAGGAGGUGGUUGAGAUGGAGGGACCUGCAGAGGACACCGGUGGGCCAGGGGAGGCUGAGCACCACCCUGAGGUGGGGAGGAAGAAGAAGAAGAAGAAGAAGAGGCGGAGGGAGGCAGAAUGAAUGCAGCCACCUGGCAGGGGGGGGGGGGGGGUCCAGAACCCCCUGUGGUGCAUUGGGUGCUCAGAGGGGCCUGGGGAGCUGCGUGCCCCAUGGGAGCUGCCUGGAACCCAGCUCCCAGCCGGCCCUGAGGAGGGGACCAGUUUGCUGUCAGCCCAUGGAGGAGCGGCGCAAAGCCAGAGCAAUGUGAGGGCAGAGCAAUGUGAGGGCAGAGCAAUGUGAGGGCAGAGCCUGCGCAG